AUGGAUUCAAAUAUCGACCCUUCCAUCGCAGAACUGGAUUUAUUCCAUGUAUCAUCAUCACUUGAACGUACAAAUAAGCAUAAUGAUGACAUAUCCGGCGAAGAUGUUGAUAGACUGGAAGAAGAUCAUGUUUCUAUACCGAAUGUUUUCAGAUUGAAUGAAUAUGUUGCAGACCAUCAUGCGGCUACCAACAAUCAACAUCAUGAAGAAAAUGACUCUACAGCAGCUGCAGCUUUGAAUAUGAUUCAGUUCAAUAAUUUUGAUGAUAAUCAUGUAGAGAAUAAUGUACGUGAUGGACAUAAUAAUUUAGGGAGUCAAGAACACUUCGGCCAUUUUUCAGAUGAGCAGAUGCUCCAGGAGGACACACAUUCCUAUGAUAUAGACCAAUCGCAAGCAUCACCGGCUGUUAAGGUUGUCCCAUAUAAUCCAUCUGAGAAAACUAAAAGGUUGGGAAGACCCCGGAAGAAUCUUUCCAAUACACUUGCGACUCCAGAAAAUUCGUCCUCCCAAAACUACAAUGAAGCUGUAGUAUCUAAAUUCAGAUUAGAUAGAUUGCCACUAGAAGGGCCUGGUUCACGAGGAGGAAAGCUGGGCGCUAGAAGAAGCCCUCGGGGACGGGUGACCUCAGGAUCUAUUAAAAAACGAAAACAACAAGCUUUAUUAGGAAGUAUGAUAAGUGUGGAUGCAAAUGGUAAUAGAACAUCAAUGGUAACAUUAAAGACAAAGCUGCCCAUUUCUAAAUACCUGUCUACAGAUGGUACUAAUGGACAAAAUGAAGUACUGAAGGAGACUGAAACUGUUGAAAAUGAUAUCGAAAUAAUAUCACCAGCAACUAUAGAAGAGAAACUGAAAGAUCUGAAGAAAAAAACUGAAGAUCGCCACAAAAGUUCUUCCAAAAGCUCAAUCUCCGUUGGUAUUAAAUCUGAAGCACUGAAAGGAUCCUCCAGAAAAGCACAGAACCUACUUCCUCAAACUAAAGGAAGUAUACCGACAGCAACAAUUCAAAAAAAGAACCGUCCAUAUCGAGGAUCUUCUAGGGUUACUAAUACAAGUCGUACCACUGUGCGUAAUAACCGUCAUCGAUCAACAAGACAUUUACCAGGUCCUCUAAUUGGAUUAUAUUAUGAUUUGUACGACGACAAUAUUUUGCAAGCACAGCAGAAUAUUGAAGCGUCGUCAGAAAAGCUAGCCCUAGGCUUUCCUAUUGUUAGGUCACCGUACGCAAAGGAUAUAUCUUAUAUCAUUUCCUAUUUGAACAAGUUUAAAGAAGCUAUAUUUGGUGAUAAAAUAGUAAACUUAGGACCUCAGGAUAUAGAGUCCGGCUUAAGCUUACCACCUCUUCGGGAAAGUAGUGAGAUAUACGACAGGUAUAAUGGUAGGUCAAUUGAAACUCCCAAUUUCGACCAUUCGACAGAUACUUCACCAAUAAUUAACAAACUAUUUUGUCGCUUACUAACAUUAGUUUUGAAUCGAAAAAAAGAAGUCAACCCUAUGUCCCCUUCUAAAGCGAUUGCAGAGCUUAAGUCGAUAUCCUUGUAUCUUGGUCUCCCCAAAAAAUGGAGGGAUGAUUCUGGUGUUCUAGACAAAAUUAAAAUGCAAGCAGGAAAGGAUGUUGAACCAGUUGAUAAAAACAACGUAGAGAUUUUAUCAGAUGAUUAUUAUACGUAUACAUUACCGGAUGCCGGUGUUAAUCCUUUCAAGAAUUCGUCGGAGUUUGAAUCUAUGGGCCUUCACGGAAUUCAAAAUCCUAUGGAUAGAUUAUUAAUGCUUCGCUGUUUAAUGCAAUGGUCUCUUACUACCUCUGAUAUUAUUAAAAACUUAAUCACACAAAGUCUUCAAAACCAAGAUAUUUCAGGGGAGAAAGAGACUUCUUACGUUUCAAGAUCUGUGUUGAAGGGCUUCAAAAAUACCGAAGAGGUGAGAAAAGAAUGCGAAAUAAAGAUCAACAAGAAACAUACUGGUACCCUGAAUGAUGUUCGUGAAUCUCCAGAAAAUGAUAUUAUUGCCAAAUAUGUAGAUCCUACUUCAGAUCCAUUGGCCCAUAGUAUGAAAUUGCGGUUAGACGAAUUGUUUGUUGGAGACAUUGGUUUUAAUAUAGGUAGGUUUUACCUUUGCAGAACAGCUGAUGCAGAUAAUGGUGGGUUGGCAUCAAUGAAAAAAAUGACUUAUACAUGGAAUAAUGUAAAUGAAAUUGCAUCUAGUUUGCCCUCAAAGUUUAAAUUAUAUGUUCAAGAUGUACAUCAAAUGCUUACAGAGUCACUAGCAGAAGUAGGUGUAGAGUUUGAUGAAAAUGGAAAUGAAUUUAAAAAUACCCCAAUUGAUGAGUCCAUUCAUUGGUAUGAAGUUGCAUCCAAUGCGCAUGAAUUGACAGAAUUUGUUAAUUUUCUAGCAUUGAAGUUGGAUUUAGUAGAGACAUCAGAACCAAUAUCUCGAUUAUCAAAGACAUCAAUGAUCUACAAACCAGUUUUGAAUAUGUAUAACUAUUUGGCUUCCAGUAUUCCCUUGAUAGCUAAUCAAGAGAAAUUGGACACAGAUUCUAGAUCAUCAAGAAACAAAUCUGUUGAUUACAAAUAUGACUAUGCUGCAAAUUUGGAUCAUGAUGAAGAUGAAGAUGAAAUUAUUAUGGAGAAUGCAGAAAUCGAUAAAGCUGACGACGAUGACUAUGAAGAAGAGGAAGAUGGAAAUGACGAUCAAGAUUAUUUAGAUUAA